CUAGAGGAGGGCACACUUGCAGCAGGAGAGGGAGAAAGAAAGUACGAAGUGAGCGGACUGAGCGUCAAGUGCGGUUACAAUGAGCGGAUAAAGAAGAGGCGCAGAGGGUACCCGCGCACCGCGUGCACUGUUUAAGGGCUGUGUGCGGAGAGAAAAGGGAAACGCAGAGAGGAGCUUAGCGACAGAGAAGCCUACAUACGCAGUCUGAAACGACGUGUUAUGGAGGACCUAGGAGAGAUGGACUGCCCGGUGGUGAAGCGGCUCCUAAAAGACGACAGCGCCAAGUGCCUGCUGCUGGACUGCCGCUCGUUCCUCGCCUUCAGUGCGGGGCACAUCCGCGGCGCCGUCAAUGCCCGCUGCAACACUAUCGUCCGCCGCAGAGCCAAGGGCUCCGUGUUGAGCCUGGACCAGAUACUAGCCGGGGACGAGGAGGUCCGGGGCCGCCUACGCUCCGGAAUGUAUUCCGCGGUGGUGCUGUACGACGAGAGGACGCCGGACUCUGAGACGGUGAAGGAGGACAGCACUCUGACCCUGGUCCUCAAUGCGGUGUGCAGUGACUCCUCCGGCACACAGAUAUACCUGCUUAAAGGUGGAUAUGACAGAUUUUUCGCAGAGUACCCAGAGUACUGUUUAAAGACCAAAUCCUUGCCAUCCCUCACCAGCCAGUCCAGCAUCGACUCUGCCUGCUCGUCGUGUGGAACGCCACAUCACGAUCAGGGGGGUCCAGUGGAGAUUCUCCCGUUUCUCUACCUUGGCAGCGCCCUCCAUGCCUCGAAGAAAGAGGUUUUAGACGGUAUCGGAAUCUCCGCCUUGCUGAACGUGUCCGCAGACUGUCCAAACCAUUUCGAGGGGGCGUACCAGUACAAAUGUAUUCCUGUGGAGGAUAACCAUAAAGAAGACAUCAGCUGCUGGUUCCUGGAGGCUAUUGAGUUCAUAGACUCAGUAAGAGACUCCAGUGGGCGAGUGCUGGUCCACUGUCAAGCAGGCAUCUCUCGCUCUGCAACAAUCUGCCUCGCCUACUUGAUGAAGAGGAAGCGGGUGCGACUGGAUGAGGCGUUCGAGUUUGUGCGCCGGCGUCGCAGCAUCAUUUCCCCGAACUUCAGCUUCAUGGGUCAGCUGCUGCAGUUCGAGACUCAGCUCCUCGCCACCUCGUGUGCUGCAGAAGCCGCUGCCACCGCGAGCCCUCUCCUCGGACCCAAAUCCUCAGCGACCACCACCUCGACGUCAACGACACCCACCUCCCCGUUCAUUUUUAACUUUCCAGUUUCUGUGGUGAACUCUGCCUACCUGCACCACAGUCCACUCACGACCUCCCCUGGCUGCUGAUGGACAGCCGAUCAUCAACCCCCCCUCCCCCCUCUAAACCCCAAAAACAAAACUAUCUGAGCACAGACUUGGCUGCCAUUGUCUGGAUGGGUGGUCAGUCUUAGUGGCUGUUGCAAGAUGUACAUGCUUCCAGGGCGGGGGAGAGGUGAAAAGCGUCAUGGUGCCUAUUUCAAAACUCAAAGACUGAAAACAAAUCUUUUUAUAGUUCAGAAACCAGCCAACGCUCCUUCCAUUUUCAACUCUAGAUUUCUUCUGAUUGACCAAAAAUGAACUGGCUUUUUCAGUAAAGUACGGACGGAGUGUUGGACUGACAUUUACUGAAGUUACACCCUCUUCUUUGUAAAAACAAAAACAACAACACGCACAGAGGCACACUGAUACACACGCUGACACAGAGAGACAUUAACAGCAUUGAACACUCUGCCUCACACACACACACACACACACACACACACACACAUUCAUGACUACCAACUGAAUAAGCUCAGUAUGAAGACAGAGUCUGUUGCUAUGGAGACAACAGGUCUUUAGGAGAGGAGAUGGACACAGGAAGGAAGGAGGAAUUUUAAGCACCAGCUCCUUCCCCUUUGGGUGUCCCUCCUGUUGCCAGACAAAGAGAUGGAUGGAGAAAAGAGGGGAGGAGACACUGAUAGAAAGCAGGAGCCUCUUCAGUGACAGGUGCUCUGUCGGCGAUCCGACCGGAGCUUCCUGCCUUUUAUACGUCCUCUUCCUCCCUCUGUCUCUCACCCACCCACACACACCUUCCUCUCCUCUCAUCUCCUUUUCAUCCUCUUUUAUUCACCCCCCCCCCCCGGUCUUCAUAUUCCUCCCCCUCUCACCGCUGCCUCUCAUCAUUACCCCUUCCACCCUCUCUCAUCUGCUCCUCAUCUCUUCACUAAAGACGCUAAAUAUAUAAAAUAAGAUGGCAAUUAUAGGCCAGGGCCCUCCCUGUUGGACUGGGAAACCCCUUUGCUGGUCCCUGAUAAACACUGUAGGAAAGCCCAUCUGCCACAAAUCAUUUUGUAUUUUGAGUUCAGAGCCUCGAGGAAAUAAUGCCUUUACAAAAAAAUGGUUUCUGCUAUUAGACUUCACACGUCUUAUUUGUGACAUUUGGGGGCGAUUCUGAUGUUUCUGGAGAUCAAAGGUCCAGUUAAGAAGCACAGUUCUCGGCUCUGGGAGACUCUUAAGACAAAAACAGAGCCGCUUAGAGAAUCAUGCUGGUGGUCCUGUAUAUUUUAACCCAUUACAAAUAAUUUAUGGCCCUAUGCUUAACCAUUUUCCAAAGCAUACAUUACUUUUUUAUACAAGUUAUUUUGUUCCCUUCCCUCAAAUCUGUUCAUUUUCUUAGGGUACUCAAAUGAACUGAAAAUUGCUCCUAUGCUUUGGAAAAUGGAAAUUAUUUAGUUAAUGGGGAAAAAUAUGCACCAGUAAUGGAUGUUUGUGCCUUGUUCAUAAAGGUAUCCCCUGAACUUUGGUGUUCCUGGAUUCUCCAGUGAAACCAAACUUUUUCCUUAGCUGCUAGAAUGCGUAAUGCUGAAUGUUAAUAAUGAGCCUUUAAAAAAAAAAAAAACUCAGAACUUCAGCUGUGCAUACCAGACUCUUUUUUUCCUCAAUGUCACAAGAACAAAAGCUUUUAAUUCAUCUCCCUAAUCAUACAUCCACAUAUGAAUACAAACACACACAAACAAAUCAUGUACUAAAUGUUAUUAGGUGUCAGACUUACAAUGAACUCCACAGACAAUUAUUCAGGAUGGCAAAAGUAAAAAAAAAAAAGAGAAAAAGCGUAUCAAAAGCAAUGUUUAAAUUGAUUUCCUGAGCUACAAAGACCAACUAUUAAAACAUUUCAAAGUAAAUAAUGAUUAUCACACAAAAAUUUCAUUUUUGUAGUUUGGUUUUGGAAGUGGAUCAAAGCAGUUUUUAGAGGCAAUAUUUUCUUAGAUUUCCAUCCUCUGAUGUUUUCACAGAUACUCCAAACUGUAGCUGGGUUUGAUAAGACAGGAUAUUUAAAGAUUGUUUUAAAAACAUCAGGAACCCCCAGUGUUGCUCCUUGUGUUAAUAAACAAGGAAACAAUACAACUCAAACGUGUAUUGAUUUAACAUUUAAAAUCCAUACUAAAAAAAUAAGUAAUGGAAAAGGAGAACGUCGUCCUUAUGUUCAAUCAGUGUAUGUCUGAGUUCUGAUGUUCACCCCUACACACACAUACAUACAGACCACAACCUUUUCUGUUUUUAGGCUUCUCCACAGUUCUCCUUGUAGCAGUUUGUUAGAAGUCUUACAAUACUGUUCUUACAACUCAUUCAAGGAAAGAAACAAUAGCAAUGACUUUUUUACGCUAUCACACCCAAGCUUCAUGUCAAAUCCUUCAUUACAUCCCAGUCUGAGACGAGUUUUGUAGUGCUGCCUCUGAACGGGCUCAGCUCUACACUCAGUGCUAGACAUCCAAAGGCACAAAGUCCGUCCAUGUUCGCUUUUAUACCCGGGUGCUCAUGUGCGCACUAAAUAAACAGGCAGACACACACAUACACACAUGGUUUCAAAGUAAACAAACGUUUCUGUUUUUUGAAGAUUGUCAGCACCUAUCUCUGUAGCACUUUGAAGUGAUGCAAUACUGUAUUUAUAAUUUAUAGGUAAUUUGUACAUCAUGAUUAUGGUAGACUGGCUAAACUUUGCAGUAUGUGAUUUUAUCGAUGUUAAGUGAGAGACAGAGAGUGUGCGAGAAAAGAGAGCAAAUCAGUAAAAAACGCAAUACUUUCUACACAUUGUGUGGUACCUGUCUGUCUGCCUCUCUGUGUAGGUCCAUCUGUCUUGAGUGUCUCUGUCUAGUCAAUGCUGUUUACCCAUCAUGGCAAUAUCAAUACUUCACUUGGACAUUUAUAUAUAGAAAAAACAACUUUCCCUCAAUUUUAUUGUGGAAUGAAUGAUCCGUGCAUUUAUUUAUUACUGAAGAGCCACUGUUGAAUAAACAAUGUUCUUAA